AAGUACCCACUCCUGCUCAAGAUAACGGCGUCCAUUCACUCGGGGAUGUGAAGCCGGAUGACGAGCAGCAAGAUGAAGAACCUUCUGCUUUUAGGAAUUUUUUUGUCAGUAUUUCAAAUCAGCCUCUCUAACAUUCCAGAAUUCUGCAAAGAACCUCCUGAUAUGGGACGUGGCACCACUUUUGCCUUCUCUGUCUAUUAUGAUCCCCAAAUCGACAAGUGCAACCCUUUCUUUUACCAAGGCGAAGGAGGAAAUGCCAACCGCUUUUCAAGUGAAAGAGAUUGCCUGAGAAACUGUUCACCCAAUGCAGAAAGUUUCUAUCCCCGGGAAGCAUCUAAAUCCUGCCAUUUAAAAAAGGAAAGCGGGGGAUGCACCGGCACGUUUUUGAGAUACUACUAUGACUCAGUCCACGACAAGUGUAAAAAAUUCAUUUGGACCGGAUGUCUUGGAAACGGGAACAGAUUCUUUGACCAGAAAAGCUGCAAUGCCACCUGUGCUGGUAUCCAUGAUGAUGGAGAUGAAAUGGAGGAAGAUGAGCCAGACACCCCUAUUGCGAUCAUCUGUGGAGUCCUCCUCGCUCUAAUCGUCAUUGCCGUCAUUGGAACAGUGACAUUCCUGGUAGUUAAAUCAAAGAAAAAAAAGGGGAAAAAGAAGGACAAAGCGAAAACUAACGCCCCCCAGUCUGAAACGCCUCUUCAGGAGGGAGCGAUCGAAAUGACAUAAAGUUGUUUUUACCAGUUUAGGAACUAGUUUUGCUCGUCUUGACUGA